AGUAUCGCGGUGACCAGUUCCCGAGGAAAACCGGAAGAAUCGAAGCGCCGCCGAGGUGUCCCACAUGAACAAUCCGGGAGCUGAAAAAUGGCGACCGAUGGCCAUAUCAAAUCCGUCCACCAAGUUGCGGAUGGCGAGAUCCAUGCCCCAUUGGGUUAUGGCGCAGCAGCAACAGCGAGAAACGGAUCAGCAGCAACAUCGACCCCCAACGCCCCCAAAAAUUCCACCACCGUCGCUCUCGGGGGAUUGUGGUGACCCCGACUACGAGAUCAUCGAGUUCCCGACCCAGAAACCACCCUCGACACCCCAGUGGAACGUCGGUAAGUGCGCCCUGUGCGGCACCGAGAACGUGUUUGCGCGAUGCGACACGUGCCACGAGAACUUCUGCGAGGCCUGCGACGACAUGAAUCACAAGCAUCCGAAGCGGAAGGGCCACGUUCGCAGGAGGAUCCUGACCGACAACGCGUGCAGGAGCAGACCGCCGCUUCCCCCUAAAGGGGAGAACCUGUCGUAUCCGCCGCCGGUGCCACCGCCGCGAAGACAUCGCAAGGCCACUCAGGUAGGCUGCAUCCUCGCCUGAAACUGCGUCCGUGAAAUCUUGUUCCAGGCAAGAUCGUUCGUGCGAGUCCUACCGCACGAAUCCUACCCCAGCCAAGGAUCCUCUCUCGGAAACCAUUCGAGCUCGAUGGAGAUCGGGUUGCGACUGGCGAAUUUCGACCAUCGAGCUUUCCAUCUCUCGGCGACUUUGGAUCGCCGAGAUUGGAUCGGUUACUGACUCACGGAAGCUGUUUUAUCGUCCUUUAUCCAACCUCGUCUCCGUCGCGCCGGAUGCUCGUCGAGUCGAAAUGCUUUCCCCCUCCUGACGAACAAAAUGCCACGAUUUUUACGACGUGGUUACAACAUAAUGACGUAGCUUUUAACUCGAAACGUCACACCGAGGCAGCCGAGAGCUUUCUCAUCGUCCUCUUGCGAGCUUCAAAUAAUCGUUAACGUGUUAUUUUCUCUCUUUACAUUUACUAGAUUUUAUUUUACGUUCAGACUUUAUUGUACACAUGUUAUCGUUGUUUUUUAA